AUGCUACGCGUAUUGGCUUCUGUGCUUUUCGCGCUUCCGGUCGCGUUCUCCGCCCAAUACAACGUGUACCACCGUCUCUAUCAGCCUCACCUUCCCGAAUCGACAUUUUCUCCCCGAGGGACUCUGCUUAUACCUGAAACUGGGCCCGCGUCAUUUUUACCAUCCCCCACACUGGCCCAAGACCUCACGCAGCUCUCCGACGAACUCGAGACUGUCAAGGGUACUCUAUACCAGAUUGCAUUACAACUCGAUGACGCCAAUCCCGGCCAAUGGGACCUAGUCUCUGCUGUUAAAGUGUGCCACCUCCAUCAAGCUACUGCAGAGAAGUUUAUCAUCCAAACAACUCGCGCUGGCCAGCCAUACGCUCUGGAUUAUUUCGUCGCACCAACCUCGCACAAUGGCGCGUGUCCGAAGAAAGUAAAGAAACCGAUACUUGCGUUUGCCAACAACGUGGCUGCAUUGAACAGCACUAUUGAGCUCCGUGCAAUUCGCACUCCGCCAUCACUGGAACUACAUGUGCCUCCACCUCUCACACCGGAAGGCCAGCCUGUCGUUCCAGAACCCGAAAAGACUUUCUUCCAGAGGUACUGGCUUUAUGGGGCUGCCAUUCUUAUCGCCCUCAUGAUCUCUGGUGGCCCAGAGGAAGAGCAGAAAAAGUAG